AUGAAAAUCCUUGCUUACGACAAGGUGCUGUACACAAGGCGAGCAUUGUUGGCCAGACGCAGAGCGGCUGAACGUCACAAACUCCAGAAGGCUGGUCCCGAGGUGUACUUUAAGAAACUGGAUCGAUCACUUGACUCGAGCCUAGGGCCCAUUGCAGAGAAAAUACUCGAAGAGCACAAUCCCAUGGAUAUCACUGCUUUAGCCAAGAAUCGGUAUGAUUCUGCCAAGGCUGGCGUGGAGGAAAGUAUGAGGCAGUUUGCUGCAGAAGUUCGUCAGUCGGAUUUCAAAGUUCAAGGGCUUCACACAUUUUCUUCUGUCAUGCAGUGCCUGCCGCGAAGAAUGGGAAAUUCGGGAAAAUACGUAAAUGUGGCUAAUGCUCUGGCCGUGACACUCUAUAUGUGCAACGAAAAUACCCUCACUUUGGUGCAAGAAAGAGACGACUCGGUGGAUAAGAAUAUGUCCGUGAACGAGGGUGAACCUUGGAUGGGUAAUUUCAUAAUCACGAACGCUCCAGAUGUCCCAUCGUUAUUGGGUCAGAGUGUUGAAGAAGUUCCGUCCAAAGGUGUUGAAGGUAAUAUUAAUAGUAACGAUAACAUUGUCGACACCAGCGCAUAG